AUGUCUACCGCUAGCGUCAUAAAGGGCAGUUGUCUCUGCCAGAGAGUCCAAUACGAGGUGACGGGGCCCCCCAAAAUGAGACUGCUUUGCCACUGUGAUAACUGUCGCAAAGUGACAGGAUCCACCUUUAUGGCCAAUGCACUCUAUCGAAAAGACCAACUACGCAUCAUAUCCGGAGAGGAUGUCCUCAAAGUUUACGAAGACAGCAACACGGAGUCAGGAAAUACUACCUCUCGGAAAUUCUGCUCCAACUGCAGCUCGCCGUUGUUCACCAGCAGAGACUCGGAUCCGUCCGCUGCAGAAGUGGUCGCCAUUACGUCCGGGACGAUGGAUUUGGGGCCUUCAAGAGAGAAUUGGGCGCCCCAGGCUGAGGUUUAUUGUAAGAAUCGGAGAGAGUGGAUUGUUCCUGUUGAGGGGACUGUGAGAAGUGAAGUCAUGGAGGCUUUUGCUCCGUCUAAAGUUGAAUAG